AUGGAGGUGAGGAAAGAGGGAGAGAAAGAUGAGAGAACGAGGUGGAUGGAGAGAGACGAGGGAGAAAGACGCCGGAGAGAGACGAGGAGACGGAGAAAGACACCCGGGAGAGAAACGAGGAGAAAGACGGAGGAGGAGGAGGAAAGACCGGAGGGGAGGAGGACGAGAGGAAGACAAGGAAACCCAGGAGGGAGUGGAGACAGAGAGACACCCGGAGGAGACGGAGAAGGAAGGACAGAAAGGAGAAAGACGAGAGGAGAGGAGAAAGGACACAAGACGAGAAAAGAGGAGAAUGAGAGGAGAGGAAGAAAGACAGGUGAGAGGAGACGGACAGCCCCAGGAGGAAAGGACGAGAGGAGAGAUGAGAGAGAGGUGGAGAAAGACACGGGAGAUGAGGAGGACGAGGACCCACGGAGGAGACGAGAGAGAAACGAUGAGAGAAAGACGUGGAGAAAGACGUCCCUGGAGGAGACAGGAGGAGAAAGACGACCACCCGGAGGAGAGACAAGACGAGGAGGGAAAGAAAGGAAGCCCCAGGAGAGACGAGAGGAGAAAGAAACCGUCAAGGAGAGACGGAGAAAGACAGACACCCAGGAGAGAGACGAGAGGGAGAAAGAUGGAGAGGAUGGAGAGGAGAGGGAGAAGACAGGAGGGAGGAGAGAGAGGGAGGAAAGAUGUCGAAUGGAGAGACGAGAGGAGAGAAAGAUGCAGGAGGACCGAGAGGACAGGAGAAAGACAUAA